UAAGAUGGCGUCCCCCGGUUCAUGGUGGCUCCUGGCUGCGGCUCUUCUGCCCUGGUGCUGCGCCGCCUGGUCGCUGGGGUAUCUGAAUCCGCCUUCGCCGCCACCGCUGGUGAUCUGGCAUGGGAUGGGAGACAGCUGUUGCAACCCCAUUAGCAUGGGUGCCAUUAAAAAGAUGGUUGAAAAGGAGCUGCCUGGAAUUUAUGUCCUGUCUCUAGAGAUCGGGGAGAACAUGAUGGAGGAUGUGGAAAACAGUUUCUUCUUAAAUGUCAAUUCCCAAGUGAAGAUAGUGUGCCAGAUUCUGGAGAAGGAUCCAAAGUUGCAGCAGGGGUACAAUGCUAUGGGCUUCUCCCAGGGAGGCCAGUUUCUGAGGGCAGUGGCCCAGAGAUGCCCGUCACCUCCCAUGAUCAACCUGAUCUCAGUUGGGGGACAACAUCAAGGUGUCUUUGGCCUCCCUCGAUGCCCAGGAGAGAGUUCGCACAUCUGUGACUUCAUCAGGAAAACGAUUAAUGCUGGUGCUUAUUCCAAAGUUGUCCAAGAACGCCUGGUGCAAGCACAAUACUGGCAUGACCCCAUCAAGGAGGAUGUGUACCGCAACCACAGCAUCUUCCUGGCAGACAUAAAUCAAGAAAGGAGUGUCAACGAGUCCUACAAGAAGAACCUGAUGGCCCUCAAGAAGUUCGUGAUGGUGAAAUUCCUCAACGAUUCCAUUGUGGACCCGGUAGACUCUGAGUGGUUUGGAUUUUACAGAAGUGGCCAAGCUAAGGAAACCAUUCCUCUCCAGGAGAGCACUAUAUACAAAGAGGACCGCCUGGGACUAAAGCAAAUGGACAAAGCAGGAAAGCUAGUGUUUCUGGCUAAGGAGGGGGACCAUCUUCAACUGUCUAAAGAGUGGUUUCAUGCCCACAUCAUACCUUUUCUUAAGUGAAGCCCUUGCGCUUUGCAGCAGAGCUCAGGAAAGCCCAGCUCUCCAUGGCUGACCCUGAUCUCUAACCUAGCUUGCAAUCAGCCCUCCUCUCCUGUUAUCUAACAUGCCCUACUUGGAAAGAUCUAAGAUCUGAAUCUUAUCCUUUGUCGCCUCCUAGAACCAUAUGGUGUUGAAUUCAAAUUUAAUUAGCUAAUAACCAUGGCGAUUGUUUUACGACCUUGUGAUAUGGUCAAGCUUCCUCUUAAGAAGGGAGUCUGCUGUUGCAGACCAAUGAUUGUGCCCAAAGGAGACAAAAAAAUGAAGCUGGGAGGCAGGCUGAGGGCAUAAACCCACACAAAUUUGGAACAAAUAAGAGCCUGGUAGUACCCGUCCUGAGGUGCUCACACAGCACUUUCUCGGCACUGCUGCUGGUGUGGGCGGUGCUCGGGCAGCAUCGCCUGCACGUUUCUGCAUCGUUUCCUGAGGCUGUCUUCCUAUCUAAGGGUUGCCUUCUAGUGGAUCCUAGCAGUCGCUCCACAGGCCUGCCUUGUGUCCCCACAGAACUCACCUUGAACCUUCAGUGACAGAAUUAGUCACAAAAGGAGGGAACAGCUAGCAGGAUGGAUUAAGAGAAGAAAUGCACUUUUUUUUGAGACAGAGUCUCACUCACUUUGUAGCCCUAGCUGGCUGGAACUCACACUGGAGCGGACUGACCUUGAACUCACAGAGCUCCUCUGCCUGAGUGCUGGGAUCAAAGGCCUGCACCCACAAUGUGUGUCUUAUUUACCAUGACACAGUGGGGAAGUAGAAGUGGACGCCAAGUGGUGACUGUUCUUGUCACUCUGUUCUUACAAAGGGCCCUCCAUAGCUCUAGCGGCAUAAGUGUCCAAACAGGAGGAAGUCUGAAAAGGUGGGACUUUGACACUUCUACCCCAAAUCCUAUUUACCAGCAUACUCCAAGCUGCUGCUAACUGGGUUCAAGAAAACGACUGAAGAGUAUUAUAGGCUUCCUUUUCCCUCUGGAGACCAACCCACACUAGUAUCAGGCGAUGACUCUGCUGGUUAAAGAGAGACACUGCCCCCACCUCACGUGCCAUCUGAGCUUGGACCCUUUAGCACUCAGGCUGAGGCCGUAGCACUUUCUGGAUGAUUCCUAUCUAGAUUGGAGAAAUGAUUCUUUUCAUGAAGGUACCCUAUUAGCACUGCAGAAUCCACCCCUUGCCAGUUUUUCCUUUUCUCAAAUCUACUCUUCAAUAACAAGAUACGGGGUAAGGGCAGGCAGUGGGAGGGUGUGACGCUCACUUUACAGGCUGUCUGAAAUAAAGAGUAGUUUCUUA